ACCAGAAUGGUAGGGGAUGCAAGGGGAUAUCGCGUGUUAUCUGAGGACUAUCUGUUGUAUUUCAAGCGGUAAAGAUUGAAGAUUGGUAAAGUUAAGCCAAUUUAGUUGAAAACGUAAACGGGGCAAUGGAAGAUGAUAACAGGGUUCAUGCCGCGUGUGAUAUGAUAAGGACCACAGGGACUCGAUGUCAAUGAGUUCAGUGAUGUCUCUCUUGUCCUGCGCAAUCACAUAAACCAUGAACUCAUCAGAAAUAAAGAGUAAGCUCUUCCUAGCACUGUGCCAGAAUCAGUGACUCACUCCAACAGACUGCAACCCACGCUCGCCAAAGCCUCUCUCCCUGUUACACCGGUUAUUGCGUAGUCCUCCAAAAUAGAAAUAACUCAAUCCCUGUUGUAUCAGACAUGCGCUCUGAUUGGCUAGCUGUUAUGGUUACCAGGCGACCAACCCGUGCUAACUGUGAUGACGUCACGGCCCUGCCCGUGCUAGCCCCCCUGCGUCGCAUUAGAGAGCUGGUACUUGGGAUAUAUGUGUGUGACAACUGAAGACUUCGGAUCAAUUACGCUACCCAGAGCCUGACUGGCGUACAUGCGAAGUUACGUGCGGUGCACAAACAAUUUCACUAAAGUAUAGUACGGAGUGCAGGCCUUCACAAUGGAAAGGAAAAACAGUAAUGUAGUCGUCCACGUCCGCAGUGACUCUGGCAAAGAGUUGGACGCUCUGUUUCAUGUGAUCCAGAGCGCUAGUGCUGCGGUCGAACAACAACCAUCAUCCAGCUCUUUGCCGAUGAAACUCAGGAAACUACCGCCUUCGUUUUUCAAACAGCCGACGAUUCUGGACCCGUCCAAAUUAGCCCCUGACGAUAGCAGUGGGCUGACGAUUUCUCACUCGCGAGCUAACAGCUCUCCCGCUUCACUGUCAGUACCUACAAGUUCAGCUGGGCCGCCGAAUUAUUCCUUACAUCCAGCGCAUAGCCGCACUCAGUCAUACGGCGGAUCCGCAUACGAAGAGAGCAACCAAUUACCUCCUGGAUGGGAGAUGAGAACUUCUCCUACCGGACAACCUUAUUUUAUGAACCACUACGAACAAAUCACAACUUGGCAGGAUCCAAGGAAAUCGCAAUCGACGUCGAAUUUGAAUAAUUCCAACUCGCUACCUGAUGGCUGGGAGCAAGCUAUAACUCCAGAGGGAGAGGUGUACUUUAUCAACCACAUAACGCGUACAACGAGUUGGAUCGACCCAAGAAACAUCGCCAUAGCCCAUCGCCGAACCUCAAGUCAACAAUCGACCUUUAGCGGCGCCGCACAACAGCAGGAUCACCGUCAGAAAGCGAUGCUCGAGCGCCUGCAACUCGAGAAAGAGAAACUGAAGAAGCGACAACAGCAGCUUUUGGAGCAGGAGAUAUUAUUAAAACACGGCAUGUUAGAAGAAGGUGGCAGUAAAAGCUUGUUAGGAAAUCUCGCGCGCGAAGCCGCUCUUGCCCAAAUGCCUUCACAGGAGAACACAACAUCUGUACACAUGAGGGACGAGUCCUUCGACUCCGGCCUUGGAAUGAGCAGUACAGGCGGCUACGGUUACAACACGGAUGUCGACUUGAACGGCGGAGGAGGCUCAGACUCGCAAAUGUUUGACGCGAACUACAACUCGAAGGAGCUAACGAGCCGCUCGGAGGGACGCACUGGUUCUGGCAGGCUUCCAGAGUUUUUUGAUAACAUACCCGGUACAAACGUUGACUUUGGCACGAUCGAAGGCGAAAAUACUCCGACAAACAUGGAAACAGAUGAUCUAGGAGUCGGACUCGACCUAAACACGGACAUUCUGAAUGAUGUAGAGUCUGUGUUAACCCCUAAUAUGUCCAAGAUCCCGGACCCUAACUUUUUAACUUGGUUGUAGUCCGACUACCAGUAUAAGUGUGAUAGUAUAGUGUGUACAUAUCCUAUCUUUAUAUUUUUUUAGUCAUUAUAAUGGAGAAAAGUUGAUCGCGUGAAAAGACCCCGUUAUUAUGAAAACGCUUGCGAAAUUUAACGCAUCAAGACGCGCAGUAAUCAGAAUGCUAAAACACGAUCAAGCUGGCAUGUAAAUCAGCUGUACUUGUAGGUUUGAGGGUCGUGCAGAAGCGUGCAUAAUUACGCUACACAUAAUGUAGCGAGAGCAAAAAACAGAACAUUGUUUCGUAGCGAAACGUUAAAGUUGGCUUGCGAGUCACCAAAGCUUUAUUUUUAUGAUUUUAUAUUUGUCAAUUGUUGCAUGUGUUGGGAGGUAGUUAUCAGUUUUAGAUGGAGCACUUGAUGCACUUAUAGUUUCGGUACAGUCUCUGGAUAGUAGCAGAUUGGGUGUUAGUAAGCUUGGGUUUGAUAUUCCGAGUCUAACUCAUGACAUCUUGGGUUCGUUGUAAACAACUUUCCCCAGCUCACUAAGCUUCGGAUGUUGAAAAGUCGUAUUGAAAUUGGACACUUAGUCAAAUAAUCUUUGUUUUUGUAUUUUUCGCGCGUUGAUAAGGUUGAAGCUUUUUUAAUCCUCAAUGAAUACACAUUAUUAGACAGACUCCAUCGGUUCUCUUUGUUUUAUUAGUAGGGAAUCAGCUCUUUUGAAUCAUCGUGCUGAUUCCGGCAAAACCAUACAAGACAAAAGAAAUUUUCAUCUCACCGCAAUUUUACAACUGCUUAUACGAUUAGGGUAGUUUAGCACUAGAAAUUAUUAAACUCUAGUUUACUCUAGAUAAUUUAGAUAAAUUUAUACCUUUUUUUGGUAUUUCUAUUGUGAGAUUUUCGUGGAUAUUUUUGUAUGAUAUUUUUAGGUUGUCAUUCAAUGAAAGAAGCUAGAAUUCGAGUGUAAGAAGAUAGGGAGGGAGACAUUUAUUAGAUGGACUUUAUCUUGGGUCCUUGUUAGCCUAUCAGAAUUAGAUUUGAACACAUGCACAAUCACCAUAGAACGUAGUGCAAAAAUGUAUUAUUUAGAAAUUAAAACGGUUUGAAAUGCACUUAUUGAUUGUCAAGCCACCCGAAAUUACAAAAUAAAAACUCAAAUAAAGAGAAACAAAAA